AUGACCCAAAGACACUCACUCAAAUCCGACAAAACCGCCCUCUGGCUCGACUUAAUACCGAAACUGCACCGACCCGAUCCACACAACGACCCACGCUACCAUCAACUGGACGACCCCACGAACUACUCAUCCUUCCUACCCGAUGGUAUCAGGUUCGAUUCCUACCUCAGCCAGAACCUGACGACAGCUGCAGUCGCUACUACUACCACUAGUAGCGGCGGUGGUAGCUCAUUCAGUUAUGAAACUUUUGAGGAUAAUGAAAAAAGUGGUAAUAGUGAUGGCGUCUUUGAUAAUGAUGAUGACGAUGGUAAUAAUAAUAGUAAUAAUAAUAAUAAUAGUAAUAAUAAUAAUAAUAGUAAUAAUAAUAAUAACAAUAAUAAUAAGAUUGAUAUAAACGAUGAAGAAGAUGACCGCGAAGUGACCACUGGGAGAAAAAUAGGAAUAAGAAAAGGAAAAAAACACAAAAAAUACGACAUCAACAAAAACAAAAACAUAAGCAAAAUAGCAGGCGCAUACAGCAGCAGCAGCAACAACAACAGCAGCAGCAGCAGCAGCUCCUACAAUAGAAAAAGUAAUAAGGACGACAGCAAUAAUAUCCUAUACGACCCACAGAAACGUGCCGAACAUUCUUUUCAUGAUUCAGACAUGCAUUACAACAACAACAACUACAACAACAACAACAAUGAGGAAAAUAUGGAUUCGCAACACCAGCAACACCACCAUCAACUCAGCCACCAAGACGACAGCAGCAGCAACAAAACAAGCAACAGCAGCAGCAACAACCUACCACUGACGAUAACUCUCGCGAUCGGCUGUGGCUUGUUGUUUGUUAAUUUGCUGAUCUUUAGCGUCGUGUGCAUGCGAAAGAUUUGCCUGGCUAGCAAGCAAAACAAAUCCAACAGAAAAAUUCGAGAAUUCAAAUUAAGUAACUCAGCAGGUGGCCAAAAACUAAACGCCGAACAUUUAGACAACGUCAACUAUAGCAGCAACCGUAACAACAACAACAGCAACAACAGCUGCAACAACAUCAACAACAUCAACAUCAUAACCGACGACCACUUCAAUAACAGGAGCGAGAAUAAUGACGACUGUCGUCUCAACAUUAAUGAAAUGUCGCCGCAAAGCUGCAACAUGAACACGUCCAUCAGUCACAUUGACGAGGCUGACGACGCCGAUAGGAGCAACAAUCGCGACGACGACGACGACGACGACGACAAUGAUGUGGUCAGUAUUGUUGGCCUACGUGCGAAUGAAAAGAAAUUCGCCCUGGAGUACUCCUACCAAUUCCACCCGUGCAAGAAAACAUUUCAAGAUAUCAAAAGUAGUGAUGCUAGCGACGUUUUAAACUCUGGCGAGCGAACGAAAAGAUUUUUUUCCUUAGACAAGGGCCUCAAUAAAAAUCGAAACACGGAUGAGACUGACAAUAUCAAACUGUUAUGCCUUGAGAACGUCGACAUAAACUGCCCACACCUCCACCCACCAACAGCCAGCAACACGUUCCCACACACGCAACUGCAGCAGCAACACCGAAAUAGUUCGAACGCGUCGAUGUCGGCUACAGCAACGACAGCCACUAACGCUACAUUAUCUUCCACGAUCGAACCAGAUGACGUUGUUAUGACGUCAGCAAUCACAUGGAUGUCUCACAGGUCGGGUCUGUUGGAUCAGACAGCAAGCACGACAGCUUUUGUUCAACAUCACCUCCCACAACAACAAGUCCCACAACAGCAAAGUUUUUUCAAGUCUAAAAAAUCAUCUGUGAUGAGCUGGAGUUUGAAUAAAGAUCAGAAGUCAAUAGACGAGUGUGACGUUCGCGACUCAGAAACACCGGCGACAACAACGUCCGAAGCAACCGCACCAACGGCAUUAUUCAACAACAUCUACUAUAACAACGCGUUCAACAGAUUUCAAACGACGACUCACAAACAACAGCAGCAAUCGACGCCGCUGCAACAGCAGCAGCAACAGCAGCAGGCGACAUAUUUCAAACCAACUGUGAAAUUUUCAAUAGGUACAAGCGACAGACAAUGCAAGGAGACAGAUGUUACAUGA